CAGAUCCAUAGCCGAAAUUUCGAUGCACGGGGGGCAACCUUUGAAUAACAUUUGAGGCCGACCCGGGGCAUCUCAACAAACAACACUUUGCUCACAAUUCUGCUACUGCUGCCAGCUGUCUGCAUUUCACCUCCUCUUUCAAAGUUGCAUUGAUUGGACAUGGAGGCAAUCGCCAGGCCGCUGUCUGUCAGGACGCUCUUCAACCUCUCCUGCAAAAGCCAGCUGCAAGGAGCGCCUUACAGCAAGACAUGCUCAGCAUUGAGAGGCGCCGCCACACUCCCCCUUUUUAGACCACCCCCCCCAAACCCCUUCGCCGGAAGCCUAGCCAGCAACUUUCAAACCAUGGCCGAGCAGCGAAGCCGCAUCACCCUCCCGCCCUUUGCCGCGCCCCAGAAGUCGAGCGGGGCCGCCACAAAAGAGUCGGACAAGGUUCAGAACGCAGACAACGGCGCGCUCGCCUCCGGGGAGCCAAAGAAGGAGCCAGUCCCCGGAAAGGACUUCCCAGCGCACCUGUUCCCGUAUCCGGAGGGGUAUGCUGAUGUCAGCCUGGAGCGGAUUCUGAACAUGCCGCAGCUGCAGAGGGCUGUAGCGGCGUAUGUGAAGGAGGCCAGUGCUGCGGCAAUCAAGGAGAAGGGAGCGUUCACGGUGGUAUUGUCUGGGGGCUCGUUGGUUAAGGGCCUGUCAUCACUCAUUGGCAUGAAGGGGAUUGACUGGUCAAAGUGGCACGUGUUCUGGGCGGAUGAGCGGGUGGUCAAAUUGACGGACCCAGACAGCAACUACAAGCUGGCUACGGACGAGUUUCUGUCAAAGGUCGACAUUCCUGACAACCAGAUCUACGCGUUGAACGACACCUUGGGGGCAAAGGCAGCCGCCGCAGACUACGAGAAGGUCCUCAAAAACCUGCCUCGAGACGUCCUUCCCCUGAGCAAGGGCGACCAGUACCCUCGCUUUGACCUGAUUCUGCUCGGCAUCGGUCCGGACGGCCACAUAGCGUCGCUGUUUCCAAACCAUCCCCUUGUGGGAGAACGGGCGAAGUGGGUCGCACACAUUACGGACUCCCCAAAGCCACCCCCCCAACGCAUCACCCUCACGCUCCCCGUCAUAAACUCGGCCAAACAGGUGGCAUUUGUGGUCACUGGUCAAGGGAAGGCCGAGGUUUUGCAACGAAUCCUAGAGGUGUCUGCACUCCCUGGGGCGCUGCCCGCGCAACUCGUGCGGCCAACCGACGGUAGUGUGACGUGGUUUGCGGACUUGGCAGCGACAGCAGAACUGAACUCCGAGGCGUGGGCGGAUGCUAAGAAGUUCCCUCGGAAUGCGCUAUAACAUACCGCAUCAAAAGGUUGGGGUCAGGUCCGUUGCAAAGAAUAUUAAUCGGGGUUUUAUAUAGCAAAGAACUCUCCCUUCAAAGUGCAUCAUGGCAUGGUUGCUCCAACUCUUGGAUGGGAGCACGGUUUGCCUAGGUCCUGCGACCUAGUCGAUGUGGAGCUGAAACAAGUUAUAGACGACUGCUUGGCAUAUGCUAGGUGCAAAUGCAAGGCAACUCGAGUCAAGUGUACUCAACCGUAAUAAGCCGGCAGACCUCUAUCUAGCCUGCCAAGCGCUAUCGUGCUGCCA